GGGAGUAAAGUCCUACCCGGAAGUGCAAGUGCGCAUGCGCAGCGGAGGUGGCGGAAGCGCCUCAGUGUCUCUCUGUCUCUGUCAGGGGGCAGCCAUGGCCGGGGAAGCGGCGGGGCCAGUGGCGCGGCUCCGGAGCCUGUGCUGCCGCUACCAGGAGUACGUCAAGCGGCACCCGGCGGCCACCGCCCAGCUGGAGAGCACCGUCCGCGGCCUCUCCUACCUGCUGCCAGGUCGGUUUUCAGACUCUCAUGAAUUGUCUGAGCUUGUAUAUUCUGCCUCCAAUUUGUUGGUGCUGCUGAAUGACUGGAUCCUUCGAAAAGAGCUGCAGCAGUCCCUUCCAGUGUCAUUUCCUCAGCAGAAACUGCUAACCUGGCUGAGUGUUCUUGAAUGCUUGGAGGUUUUUGCUGAAAUGGGGGCAGCGAAGGUGUGGGGUGAGACCGGCCGGUGGGCUAUCAUUGUCCUCAUCCAGCUAGCCAAAGCCAUCUUGCGCCUCCUGCUACUGCUUUGGUACAAAGCUGGCAUCCAGACAUCUCCACCUAUUGUGCCACUAGACAGGAGACAGUCAUUGCAACAUAAAGAUAUGGAGGGCAAAUCAACAGGAAAGGAACAGAUUUUUGUGGGGAAGCGCUCUAGUCGUGUUGUGAGAUCACUUGAUAGUACCCCAUCCUUGCACUCCAGACAUUGGGGCGCACCUCAGCGGCAAGAGGAGAAGCAGAACCGAAGAGCAGUGGAGACAGAGCAGCCUUCAACUCCUUUGGGCUUCCAGGAAACCAUUGCUGAGUCCAUCUACAUUAGCCGUCCCUUGGUCCACUUGAUGAGUUUGGGGGUCUGGGGACAGAAGUCUUGGAAGCCUUGGCUUCUAUCAGGAAUCUUGGAUAUUGCAAGCUUGAGUUUACUGAGUGACAUAAAAGACCUCAACAAACGUGAGCGUGUCGAGCUUAGACGUCGGACAGUCCUUCUGCUGUACUACCUGCUGAGAUCACCCUUCUAUGACAGAUACUCUGAGGGCAGAAUCCUCUUCCUGCUGCGGCUAUUGGCGGAUUAUGUCCCUGGAGUUGGCUUAGUCACUCGUCCACUGAUGGAUUAUUUGCCAGCCUGGCAGAAAAUUUAUUUCUACAACUGGGGUUGAUCUGGUCUCUUUCAGCCUGGGAUGGCUCAUGAUGAAAAGAAGUCACUUGAGAUAUCAGGAUGCCUUUAUACUAAGGGGAGGGAGCCCUAAGACUUCCCAAAAAAUACAUGUCUUUCUCUGGCUUAUGCUAACUGAUUUCUGAAUGAAGAGGAAGGGCUCUUCUUACUUUAUCAAAAGUAUCUUCCUGUGAACUGUGAACACUACAAAGACUGAGGCAUAAAGUACCUUUGCUAUUUUCUUUUUCCAUUCUAAUAUAACUGGCUUCAAAGCUGGUGUUGGGAGAGGACUCUUUUUAUAUAUAUUUUGUAUGACUGUGAAUGAAUAAAGCCGGGAGUCGGCCAUGCUUUUAGGCUAA